AUGACCACACUGCGUAAUGUACUCGAUCUAUUCUAUACGUUACAGUACAAUUUAUUUCAGUUACUCACGUAGCCUACAUCUGGGCGGAGGGAGCUAGAAAAUUAGCAUUAUUGAAUUGUGAUGUUCGGAUUUAUGCAUCAUUCGUUGUAAAAAAAAACGACCAGCUGAUCGAACAACUUGCACAAAUAUGAUAUCGCGGAUACUCCAUGGAGGUGAUUUUCUAAACCUGGGGACGAACUUGAUGCUGUGUUUUCUCUGUGGGAUGACAUCGGGAGAUCCUACAACAGGAAGUGCAUUUGGCUUGAUGACAAAAUACCCUUUGAUUGAUGGACAUAAUGACCUAGCUUUGAUGCUGAGGAUUCUCCACGGCAACAGACUGAGUCAGGUUGACCUGCACAACAUCAGCAAAGUGGCCACGGACAUCAACAGACUCACAACGGGACACGUCGGCGCUCAGGUGUUUGCAGCCUACGUGUUGUGUGGCGCCCAGGCGAAGGAUGCUGUGAGGCUCACACUGGAACAGAUAGACGUGAUCAACCGUAUGUGUACGGAGAACCCAGAACUGGAGCUAGUUACAUCUGCCAAAGGACUAAAUGACACUAACAGGAUAGCGUGUCUGAUCAGCAUUGAGGGAGGUCAUUCAAUAGACAGCAGCCUGCCAACCCUGCGUAUGUUUUACCAGCUGGGGGUUCGCUCCAUGGCCCUCACACACACCUGCAAUACACCAUGGGCUGAGUCCUCCUCAACAAUUUAUGAUGUCUAUCAAAGAGAAAAUGACAGCCUAACAGACUUCGGUAAGGAUGUGGUGAAGGAGAUGAACAGAUUGGGGAUGAUAGUAGACCUGUCCCAUAGUUCCUGGGCCACAGCCAGGGCAGUACUGCAGAUCUCUAAGGCUCCAGUUAUUUUCAGCCACUCCUCAGCCCAUGCCGUGUGUAACCACAGCCGCAAUGUUCCUGAUGACUUGCUCCGCGAACUGAAGGAGAACGGAGGACUCAUCAUGGUUAAUCUGCACAGUGGGUUUGUGGCUUGCCAUGGCCAAGCCAAUAUCUCCAUUGUGGCUGACCAUUUUACCCACAUUAGGAAGGUGGUUGGAUCUGAGUCAAUAGGAAUAGGAGGGGACUUUGAUGGAGCUUCUAAGUUUCCUCUUGGAUUAGAGGAUGUGUCCAAGUAUCCUGCUCUGAUCCAGGAGCUGCUGAAGAGACACUGGACAGAGAACGAGUUGUCCGGGGUCCUCAGACACAACUUCCUACGUGUGUUCAAGGAGGUUGAGAAAGAGCGUGACAGGCAGAAAGCGAAAGGAACUCUCCCCAGUGAAGCUCAGAUCGACUUGACUAGGGUUCAGAACCCCUGCAGACUGGUACUCAGGCGACCUGACCACCAGACGACAAAGAUGGAACAGAUGUACUCCAAGGGCCACAGUGAACUGGUGGUCCCCAGGAGUCUGGUCUGGACCAUGGUUAUACUAAUCUCCUGCCUCUGUGUCCUGAUGGACCAUUAAGACUAUAAUAUGGCCUCCAUUCAAUCAGAUCCAGUGGUAACCCAGGUUGACCGAUAUCCUGAUAGCGGAUGUUUUGGCAGCAUUGG